AUUUUGCUUCAUCUGCGUUGUCUCUUAUGUCUUGAUGAGUUGGUUUUGUAUGAUUGUCGUAUUGGAUCACAGUUGCUUAUGACGUUUGUGAUGGACUCAAGGAAAUGUUUGAAUUCUUAAUGUGUGUUUCGAGUAAGAAAAAAACAUUAACGUGCUUCGCUAGUUUUCCAGAGGUGUGAGUUUUUAUUGCAGCUGUAAGAUAAGGUACGCAACAUCAGUAUUCAAUAGAAACUGACUGAAGUAAAAGAGCUGCCUUUCUGUGAACGUAAAAAUUCCGUUUUAUAGCCAUGUUGGAGGAGGAUAUGGAAGUAGCCAUUAAGGUGGUGGUAGUAGGAAAUGGAGCUGUUGGAAAAUCCAGUAUGAUUCAACGGUACUGCAAAGGAAUUUUCACAAAGGACUACAAGAAAACUAUUGGAGUAGACUUUCUGGAAAGACAAAUUCAGAUAAAUAGUGAGGAUAUUAGACUGAUGCUUUGGGACACAGCAGGGCAGGAAGAGUUUGAUGCAAUCACAAAGGCUUAUUACAGGGGAGCCCAAGCUUGUGUUCUUGUGUUUUCCACCACCGACCGGGAAUCUUUUGAAGCAAUCCGCAGCUGGAAGGAGAAAGUUGAAGCAGAAGUAGGCGAUAUUCCAACAGUUCUUGUGCAGAACAAAAUAGACCUUCUGGAUGAGUCUGUAAUUAAGAAUGAAGAGGCUGAAAAUUUGGCAAAAAAGUUAAAGCUAAGAUUCUAUCGAGCUUCAGUGAAGGAAGACUUGAAUGUAAAUGAAGUUUUUAAAUAUCUAGCUGAAAAGUACUUACAUCGACUUAAACAACAGACUGCUGAAGAACCAGACCCUGUACAUACAACUGGUAAUAAAAUUGGUGUCUUUAAUACUGCUGGGGGAAGCCAUUCUGGACAGAACUCUAAUAUGCUUAAUGGUGGGGAUGUCAUCAGUCUUAGACCAAACAAACAAAGGACCAAGAAAAGCAAAAGUCCCUUUAGCAGCUGUAACAUACUGUAGAGACUUCUCAAUGACAUGGGUCUGUAUUGAAUUUGGAACAUGAGGUGCAGAAAUUAAAAUUUAUUCUUGACUACAAGUAGUUAUCAUAAUAUUAACAGUAAAGCCAGCAACAUUACACAUGUACUGUUUAUGCUGUUUGCACGCUGAGAGCCUUAUAUUGCAGCAAAUCGUUUGACUACAGAGAAUUAUUUCAUUCGUUGAUGGAGAUCACUUUGAACUGCAGUAAACUACUCUGUGGCGUCGAUAUCUUCAUUUAUGAAAAAAAUAAGAACAGGACUUUGAUAUUUUGCUGGGACAGUCUGUACUUUCAUGUACUUAAAGCACAUUGAGAACACAAACAUCCUAUCAUAUGCACCUUUAAAAACCUUACUGUUUAGAGUUAUGAUUACAUGAACGUAAGAGUCAGUAUAUGUUUUAAGAAAAUAACUGCAUUGUGGGAUGUCGCAUAUUGUUCACCUUUUGUCAUCUCAUGUGGAGGACCACAUUUAUUUCAUUAUUUGGACUAUGUCCUUUAAUUCUUAGUUUAUUGUCUGCACAUGUGUGAUGCAUUUGACUAACUAAAGUAUGCAUUGCAGUAAUUUGUUAGAAUUUAUUCCCAGAGAUACCUGCAUCCCUUGUUUUUAGUUAUUUUAAUUGCUGAAAUCUCCUGUGCAGUGUUUUGAACAGUUGUUACAGUUUCCCCACUUGCAACAUUGCCGUUUGGAUUUUGGUUCUGUCCCUUCCUUCUACUGGCUGUUUACAUUGUGAAUAAUGAAUGUAUUUCCUUCUUGGGUCUUUUUCUAAAAUGUGCAUGGUGCCAAAAUAAGAGUUACAGAUUCUGUGUCAAGUGCUGUACCAAAUGUCUCUUUUUGUCAGCUUUGUUAGCUGGCUUAGUGUUGUGUGCCUAAUUACGAAACUGAUUCCCUAGUCUUUGACAGAGAUGCAGUAAGAAUUUUGUCACCUGUAGCGGCAUAGUUUUCUAGACACUAAAGGCACACGCCACAUGAUGUACUCUAAAAUCUUAAACCUUGAUGCUAAAAAAAACACUAAUAAUGCAUGAAUCAUUUUUUUUCCUUACAUUUGUUGUAUGUGACAGAAAUUAUAUUCCUGUAAACGUUUCAGCAGCCUUUUUUCAUUCACUGUUUAUAUUUUGUCAUUUUCAUCAGUCUUCGGCAUUCAUUACAGCUUGGUGUUCAUACUUCCACAGGAGCGUGCGUCUAGGCUGUACCAGAAAUUUGACAGCUGAUGUUAUCACAAUGCAUUGAUUGUUUUCACUGUAUUGUUACUUUAAUUCUGCCUUUUUCACUUGGAAACAGAGCUCUGAAUGCUAGAAGAUUUGACCUAAUUCAUGAA